UAGGAAGACAGUUUUAUCAUGUGGAGGUUUCAUUCAGGUCUCUGUUUAGUGUUUAAUUAAAUAAUAUGUUGUCUUUGACAGGAGAAAGACCACACUCUCACAACGGGAAGAGUCCAUCAGGGGAACCAGACCCAGAGAUGCCAAAUCCAGCCAGACGACACCACUGCUCCCAGUGUGGAAAGCAUUUUACCAAGUUACAGAACCUAAAACAGCAUGAGAGGACACACAAAGGAGAAAAGCCUUUUCAAUGCUUUCAGUGUGAAAKAAMAUUUUCAUGUUCACAGGAUUUAAAAAAGCAUGAGAGYACACACACAGGAGAAAKGGCCUUCCAAUGCUCCCAGUGUGGAAAGGGUUUUAACCGGUUAGGGAACCUGAAAGAACAUACAAUAAUACACACAGGAAAGAAGCCUCACCACUGCUCCCAGUGUGGAAAGKGUUUUAACCGGUUAGGGAAUCUGAAAAAGCARGAGAGAAUACACUCUGGAGUGAAGCCUUACCAGUGUUCCUAUUGUGGAAAGAAUUUUACUCAGUUAGAGAACCUGAAGGAACAUGAAAGGACACAUACAGGGGAGAAACCCCACCAUUGCUCUCAGUGUGGAAAGGCUUUUACCACGUCACGAAACCUUAAAGAGCAUAAGACGAAACACACYGGAGAAAAGCCUUUCCACUGCUCUCUGUGUGGAAAUAAUUUUACCCAUYUAGGGAACCUGAAGAAACAUGAGAGAAUACACUCUGGAGAUAAGCCAUACCCCUGUUCCCACUGUGGAAGGAGUUUUAGGUGGUUAGGGACCUUAAAGCAACAUGAGAGAAUACACACAGGAGAGAAGCCUUUCCAAUGUUCCCAGUGUGGAAAGAGUUUUACCCAGUUAGGUAACCUAAAAGUUCAUGAGAGGACACACUCAGGAGAAAAGCCUUUCCAAUGUUCCCAGUGUGGAAAGAGCUUUACUGUGUUAGAGAGCCUAAAAGAGCAUAAGAGAAUACACACAGGAGAAAAGCCCUAC